AUGGCCUUAGAUAUUCUAAAUAACAACCAAGUUGUCGUCUUCCAAACAGAUGGUCAUCCGCACACUUUGGAACAAUUCGCAGUUGCUAAUUUCCGGCCUCCGCAACGACCAUCAAUGACACAGCGAUCAUUGAUGUCAUUGCGACGUCGUGACGUUGGUCCUACGCCGCGUUGGAGGUUUAGCCGUGAACCGAUGGAUGCUCCAUUGCUGAAGAAGUUGGAGGGACGAGAUGAACAAUGUCGUGAAGCGAUGUCUAUGUUUAUGUUUGUCAUGAAAUACAUGGGAGAUCAACCCUCUAGAAGAAGUAGACUGGGAACUGAUCUGACUGACAACAUAUUCAAGCCGGCCAUUGCUCAUGAAAUCCUUCGAGAUGAACUUUAUUGUCAACUUCUACGACAAGUAACCCUCAACCCAUCGAUGUUGUCAGAGGAGCGAGGCUGGGAGCUAAUCUGGUUGGCCACUGGUCUUUUCGCGCCGAGCACCAGCUUAAUGAAGGAGGUGGUUCAUUUUUUCAAAUCGCGACUGCAUCCAGUUGCGCACGAUUGCCUAAUUAGGAUAAUGAAGAUGAACAAAGGAUGUUCUCGAAAAUUUCCCCCACAUUUGGUUGAAGUUGAAGCAAUUCAGCAGAAAACAACACAAAUAUUCCAUAAGGUCUACUUCCCCGAUCAAUCGGAUGAAGCAAUUGAAGUCGAAUCAUCAACUAGAGCUCGAGACUUCUGCCAUCGGAUAGCCCAUAGGCUAUCGUUAAGGAAACGCGAUGGAUUUUCACUGUUUGUGAAGAUUAAGGAUAAAGUGCUAGCAGUCCCAGAAAAUGAAUUCUUCUUCGACUUUGUUCGCCAGCUGUCAGACUGGGUUCAAAAUAACCAUGCUUUAAAGGAGAACCCAAUCCUCCCAAUCAACUACCAAGUAUUCUUUAUGAGGAAAUUGUGGAUGAAUGUAAAACCUGGAGAUGAUAAGAAUGCCGACUUGAUAUUCCAUUAUCAUCAGGAAUGUCCAAAAUAUUUACUGGGAUAUCACAAGAUUGGAAAACAAGAGGCGAUCGACAUAGCAGCCAUCAUUUUAAGAGCUAUAACCAAAGACGCAAAGAACGCUCCAUUAGCUCAAAUUCCUCAACUACUAAGCGAAUUGGUUCCCAAAGAUAUGAUGAAGUUGAUGUCAACAAAUGAGUGGAGAAAGGUCAUUACUUCUGCAUAUGUGAAAGUAGAGCAUCUAACUUCGGACCAAGCAAAGAUAGAGUUCCUCAAUGUUAUAGCUAAGAGAGAAACUUUUGGUUCUGCCUUCUUCCCGGUCUCCCAAUACUCAGAUCUUAGCUUGCCUGAUAAAUUAUUGAUUGCAAUUAAUCAAAAGGGAGUGCACCUUUACGACGCUGAGUCAAAGAAAUUGUUAACUCAGUAUCCUUUCAAUGUUAUUUGCAAUUGGACAAGUGGAAAUACGUACUUCAACAUGACGGUUGGUAAUGGAUUAAGAGGCAGUGAGGGAAAGAAACUUCUCCUCGACACUACUAUGGGUUACAAGAUGGAUGACCUUAUCACGUCCUACAUAUCAGUUCUCAUUUCCGGUCAAACAAUUCGACCCAGCAAUACAUGGAAGCAAGAAUCUGUGAUUUAA